AUGAUGGCGUUCUUUGUCGGGGUGGACACCAAGUGGACAUUCAACCCUCCGGCCGCCCCACAUUUCGGAGGCUGUUGGGAACGACUGGUGCAGUCGGUCAAAAGGAAUUUAAAUGCGUUCAAGCCACCGCGGUUGCCGACGGACGAGAUCCUUCGGUCACUGCUUAUGGAGAUCGAGAUGAUCAUCAAUUCAAGACCGCUCACUCACUUACCACUAGACAGCGACACCGAGCCGCCCCUGACGCCCAACCACUUUCUGUUAGGGUCUUCUAACGGCAGUAAGCCUCCGGCCGCCCUCGACGACCGCACCGCCGCGCUAAAGCAGUCCUGGAAGAUGUCACAGCGGUACGCUGACGAAUUCUGGAAGAAGUGGGUCGCCGACUACCUGCCUACCCUAACCAAACGGACGAAGUGGUUCGGACCUGCGAAACCCAUCGAGGUGGGCGAUCUAGCCCUGAUAGCGGACAACAAUCUUCCGAGGAACUGCUGGCCUCGGGGCCGGAUCAUCGAGGUGAUUCGCGCUAAGGACGGACAGGUGCGGCGAGCGACCGUGCGGACGGAAAACGGACUGCUGGAAAGGCCAGCCACGAAACUCGCGAUCCUGGACGUAGCUCCACCCGGUGACACCGCAAGAGACGAAGAGCCACCGGACACGGAACCGCUAGAGAGAUAA